AUGCUGGAAGAAGAAGUUCACGACACGUCAUCAGAAGCAAGUGAGGUUUUCACCAACCAGCCAAAUGCAUUUGUUCGUGGUGUUAGGUCUAUUUUUGGAUACAGGAAGACUUCGCUAACGUUGUUUGUUAUAUUGACCAUUGUGGUUACGGCCGGAUUAUCUUUUUAUGAUAAUAGUUUAGAGCUUACUAUUGAGUUGCCGACGAGCCAAUUGGAGAAAGAGAUUUUGGAGUCGUCGUGGUUGGAUUUACAGAAUAUUGCUAGGUAUCCGCACACCUAUGGAUCUCGUGCCAACGACCAAGUCCACGAUUAUUUAGAAGAGAUCAUCCAGGAUAUGGAGUACGACAAUGAUGGAGAGAAGAUUAUGUUUGAACUGGGGAAGGGUGUUGUUUCGUAUUAUGAGAGCAAUAAUCUAUUGGUUAGGGUUAAUGGCAGUGAUGGCACCCUUCCUGCGUUGCUUCUUUCUGCACAUUACGACUCGGUGCCAUCGAGUUUUGGGGUGACUGAUGAUGGGAUGGGAGUGGCUAGUUUGUUGGGAGUGUUGAGGUUUGUAGCCCACAACCAGCCGAGACGAACAAUUAUCUUUAACUUUAACAACAAUGAAGAGUUUGGAUUAUUUGGUGCCCAUGCGUUUGUCAAACACCCCUGGUUUAAACAGGUUGGCUACUUUUUGAAUCUAGAAGGGACAGGUGCUGGCGGCAAGGCGGUGUUGUUCAGGGGGACAGACUAUGGGAUUGUGAAGAACUUUGGCGGUGUUAGGUACCCGUAUGCCACGUCUAUUUUCCAGCAGGGGUUUAACAACCAUGUGAUUCAUAGUGAGACCGACUAUAAGGUGUAUAAGGAGGCUGGACUCCGUGGCCUAGAUUUGGCGUUCUACAAGCCGAGGGAUAAGUACCACACGGGGGAGGAUAAUAUUAGGAAUGUUAGUCCCAAAUCGUUAUGGCAUAUGAUGUCGAAUGCGAUAGAUUUUGUGCAAAUGGGGGUAGUUGACGAUUCAGAGGAGCCUGCGGUGUACACCACGUUUUUGGGUUACUUUUUUGCCACGCCCAUAUCUGCCCUAGCCAGAGUUAAUUUGGUGCUACUUGUGUUGUUCCCGGUGGUGAGCACCCCGUUGUUGUUUGUUAUUGUCAAGUAUAAGAAAUGGAAAUUGAGGGUUACCAAUUUUUUGGGUGUACCGUUAGCAAUGGGUUUAGCGGUGGCGGUGGGCCAAGUCGGUAAUCCGAUGCUAGUGUCGUCCCACCCGAUGAUGGUGGUAGCCACGACGACCUCAAUUGUGGUGUUGGUAUACUAUGUUGUGUUAAACGGUGUGGAUUGGGUGAAUACGUCGAGUGACCAGAAACUUGUUACGAUGAUUGAGGUGUCGUUUGUUUACUGGGUGGUGUUGGUCUAUGUGACAUGGAGUGGUGGCGACCACACCGGUGAGUUUGGGGUAACUGUGUUAUUUUUUGUUCAAGCCAGUACGUCGUUGUUAGGACUAAUUGGGUGGACCUUCACCAGGGUUAGAGGUGGUGAUGAGCCAUUGUUGAGUGGGGAAGAAGAGAGGUACGGCACAGAGGAUGAACGGGAUACUGAGAAACCUUUGGUGGAGCAUAACUAUGACUGGUCGUUGCAGUAUUUGCUUAUUGUUCCGGUAUCGUCGUUGGUGGUUUACAAUUCGGGGUGGCUAGUAUUAGAAGGAGUCAAUAAGACUGUGCAAGAAUCACUAGCCUCUGAACACCUUAUCUAUUGGAUAGUGGUGGUGUUUUCCCAGUUCUUGGUGUUGCCUGUUGUGCCAUUUAUUACCAAGUUUAACCGGUAUAUUGUCUUGGGGUUGCUGGUGGUGGUGGUGGUUGGGGUGUUGAUGAGUAUGGCUGUGCACCCGUUUAAUCAGGGUAGUCCGAUGAAAUUGAGAUUUAUAGAGAGGGUUGGCCAGAACGAUAUGGUGGAAGUGUAUGGGAGACAAGGGUUUGUUGAGGAUGUGUUGCUGGAUUUGCCCCUGGUGAAGCAAACGCAAGCUAAACUUGAAUGUGAGGCGUUGCCAGAUGGGUUGGAGGUGUGCAAGUACAAGAGUGGGCUAACCCCAGGAAAUUUGACUGUGGAGGUAACUACUGAACCAAGAGCCGAGUCGUAUGGGUUGAUAUCUGGUGCCAUAACUAUUGCUGCACCCGAAAACAGAAUGUGCACUGUGCAUUUUCCGCCAGACCGAGUCAAAGCAGUGGUGGUAGGCAAGUUUGGGAACAAUUUUAAGGCUAUACCCGAUGGGUUUUCCAGAGAGAAGGGCAACUACAUCUACAAGGACCGCAAUGGGAUCAGCCAGCUAGAAUUGUAUAAGUUGGACUGGAACAAGGACUAUCAUGUUGGGUUUGAGUGGUUGCCCGAUAUCGAUGAUGAGGGGGGUAUGCGAGUGGAAGUGGAGUGUUUCUGGGGGGAUAUGGUGCCGGCCUACCAGGAGGUGGUGCAUUAUAGUCCGAACUGGGUGACUUGGGCGAACAAAGAGAGGGGGUUAGUAGGGGUAGUGAAGCAUGUAGAUGUAUAG